GAGUGCUUAUACAUUCCAGAGCAACUAGACAGAAUAGAUAUCAAUCAAUGCUAAUCUGAGGGCAGCCACUACAAAAUAGUAAACAAAAUAUGGAAAACUAGAAUCAUGGGGCAAACAAAACAUUUUUUGAAACUGGAGCAAUAAAACCUUGUUAUUGUUGCCUGUUUGGGGUAGUCAUAUCUCAGUAAAUACCCCUGUGAUGGGCUAUAAGGACCAAGGUAACACUUACCUUUAUAAUUACCCCUGUGACUGGAGUGUAAGCUGAUUGGGGCAGUAAUACCUCCUUAGAUGCCACUGUGAUUAGACAGUGAGGUUUUAAGGAUGCUGAAUAUUUACCCUUAAUAAUAGCUAGAGACUGGAUAGAAGAGUCGUUGUCCUUGUAUCCCAUUAGUAAUUGUUGCACUUGCCAGUGAUUUAUUCCUGGUGCUGGAACGCUGAAGAGAAGCUGCUGCAGCUGCAUACAUUUCCAAGGUGCAGUAAAAAUAAUGACAUGCACUGGCAUUCCGUGCAAGUGUAUUUGGGUUUGUCGGUCAUUUACCAUGAAGCUUACUUGCCAGUCAUUAUUCCCCCUCAGCUUGCAGUAUGUGCUGAUGCUGGGCUGGCAUUGACAUCCGAAGCUGCUGCUCCACUCGCCUUUUAAGCAAUGAUCAACCUGACUGAGUCCAAGGUCACUGGAACCCCUAAGAACGGAUUCACACCCUCACCAGCAGCAGUGGGACUAACAGCAGAUUGCUGGGGGCUGCAGCUUUUCAUUCCUCAGUCAGUCCCCCUCCCAAAAGACUCAUCAAGAUGUGAGGUUGCUAGUGACACUUCCAAAGAGUGCCUGCUGCAGUCUGCCUGCUCCCCCUGUACUCAUCGGAGAGGUGCAUGAGCUGAGGAUGGUGCAGUGCUUUGUGGAAAGGUCCCUGCUGUUCAGGGUAGUGCUGCUAUGGCUUGAGCUGUUGCAGGAGUCCCAGGCUGGCUGGAGCUGUGGAGAUCUGCUGUGCGGAGACAAGGAGGGCUGCUGUGUGUUUGGGAAUGUCAGCCAAACAGAGAUUAAAUGCUGUAAACUACCCUUCCACACUUUCCUGGACAAUGUGGGCUGGUUUGUCAGGAAGCUGUCUGGGCUCCUCAUAUUGCUGGUGCUGUUUGCCAUCGGCUACUUCUUGCAGAGGAUGAUUUGCCCCAGCCCUCGCAGGUACAGCCGGCAGCAACAGCGUUCUCAGGGUGCUCCCGGGCUGCUCAAUGAGACCAGCUCUCAAGACUCUCUCUUAGACAGUGUCCGACACUUGCCUGAGCAUGAGCUUCACAUCAUUUCCUCACCAAUUUUCCUGCAGCUUCCAAGCUACGAGGAGGUCAAAUAUUUGCCCACCUAUGAGGAGUCAAUGAGACCAAACCAAGUCAUCCUGCCUGUGUCACAGAUACCUGCCCAGGCACUGGAGGACAACAGGCCAGGACCUUAACCCUCCUACUGAAACUGGAACAGCUUUGUGUGAAACAAUGACUUCAAAUAUAGCA